GUAUACUACUCAAGUGAAUGGGAAGCUGUCUCUUGUCGUUAUCAUACUCCCGGUAUCAGCUCUCCACGCACUCAACAUGGCGCCGUAUGACAGUGAUUCAUCCGGUGGAGAGGACAACGACUACACAGAAACGAACGUUCUCCUUGGUUACGCCUCGAAGGAAGCUUCAGAUGAUACUAUCAGUUAUCUUGGAGGACAGCCUUCUUGGCUUGACCCCGCUACCCCUCCUUCAUCGGCUCUUGCAAAAUGCAAAGUGUGCAAUGACCUUAUGGUCUUGCUCCUACAACUGAACGGUGAUCUGCCAGAGUCAUUCCCAGGACAUGAGAGACGGUUAUAUGUCUUGACUUGCAGAAGGAAAACAUGCAGGCGCAAAGAUGGCAGCGUACGAGCGUUACGGGGUGUCAGGAUAGCAGACGUGCCUGUCAAAGAUAGAAAGGUGGCUGAUAAGUCAGAGCGAGCAAGUGAAGCACAAUCUUCCAAGCCUGCUAUAAAUCUCGGGGAGACACUGUUUGGUGCGAAGCCCUCGACAUCUACAACAUCUGCCAAUCCUUUCUCGACAAGUUCCAGUGCAGCGUUCUCGAAUCCAUUUUCCUCUCCUUCCAACACUUCCGGCAGUCCCUUCGAAGCUGCUGGGCUUCCCACCAACGAGCUUGCUGCAAAGCCACCACAACCACCAUCUACGACUGCCGACCUUCCGAAAACAUUCGCCUCUGCCCUCUCACUCAAUAACGAUACCCCGAAUUUUGGUCCUCCUCCACCUCCCGAACCGUGGCCACAAGAGUCAGAUCUUCCACCUGCUUAUCCAUUAUACUACCUUGCAGACGCAGACUACGAAGUACUAGACAAAGUAGAAGAAACCCCGGUACCCGCACAUACUAUGGAUCUUGAUGAAGGCGGAGCAUCAGGCAGUCAGAGGGAAGAUAAGGAUGUGUACGAGGAUACAAUUGACAAGACAUUCCAAAAUUUUGCAGACAGAUUGGCGCAAAAUCCGGAACAAGUUAUCAGAUACGAGUUCAAGGGACAGCCAUUAUUGUACUCAAAGAAUGAUGCAGUAGGCAAGCUCUUAGCAGGAUCUGGGAAGGAAAAUACGAAAAUCAAGACGACUUCCAUUAAUGGAAACAAGAUACCUCGAUGCGGGAACUGUGGCGCUGGCAGAGUUUUUGAGGUUCAAUUGACGCCUCAUGCUAUUAUGGAGCUGGAAAAGGAUGAAAUGAGUCUUGAUGGUAUGGAGUGGGGAACUAUCAUUGUUGGUGUCUGUGAGAAGGAUUGCCAGCAGAACGGUGUAAAUACCGGAGUGGGAUACAUAGAGGAAUGGGCAGGAGUACAGUGGGAGGAACUGAAGGGCAGGUAGAUAGAAAUGAU